ACUUGUUCAUUAAUCCAAUGCUAUGCCGACGACUCUCAUGUCGUCUGUGGUGGCUAAUAAGAGCUUCCACACCACCACCAAGAAUACUGAGGAAUCCACCAUCCACUCGUUUGUAUACGGUUAAUGCAUUGCCGAAUCGCAUCGCACCGAUUUCACGUCCAUCGGUAUCGCCACCGCAGCAUUUGGAUAAGCACUCCAGUGAACCAACACAUCCCAUUGUACAACAACUGCGAACAAACUUAUACCACUAUACCAACAAAACGGUUAGACUGACUAAAAUUUCCAAUAUAGCCCGACGGAGCAUCCUACGAAGGGAACGACGAAAGCAACUAGCAGACCUCUAUGGUCAAUUGCGACAACAACCAGAAUUGCUUCGAAAAAUUGCCCGGAGAGAUAUGAUAGCUUUGGUGAACGCCUUUGUGCCUAGUCAAAGUAUCCAAGGAACCAAUACCGCCAAACAGCUGACGUUACAAACCAUCAAGAUUUUACAAGACAUGGAGGCUUUCCGAGUAUGUCGUUUGAGUACCCAGGAGCUGGAGCUAUUGAUCAAACUGCAUGUUUCCAUCGAUGAAAUUCAUGCAGCAGAGGCUAUAGCCCAUCGACUCGAAGCAAAAGGUCCGUUGAGUAGUGGUAUGCGGGAACAACUGGCGAUUGCGUUGGCUCGCCAAGGUCGUGUCAAGGAGUCCGAUGCCAUGUGCGAAUCUACACCCAACUUAAAAGUAUGUGCCGAGCAAGUCAAUACGCUGUUGAAGAUGAAUGAAGUUUCCGGUGCCGAAGCGGCUAUCCAAAAGCAUCAGGUCACCAGUCCCGGCCGAAGUGUUAUGGAUUACGGUCUUGAUCGACUUAUUACUCACAUGGUACGAGAAAGUCGGGAUACCAUCCUGGCGAUUCACCUUUUUCAACGAAAACGAGAACUUGGUUUAUCUGGGGCAUCGGUUGCACGCCUCAUUACCGACCGCUGUAUGUAUACCAUGCAACCGGAUCUAGCUUGGUCAUUACUCGAGCUUGCUCAAUCAACAGAAGAUCAAAAGAGUGUCAUCGGUAUCGCAAAUGGAAUGAUCAAGCAAUAUGUCGCCAAACAAAACUUGACCCACGCCAUGGAGAUUUACAAUAAUACACGCACGGGUAGUAAACGCAGGUCGCUACUGCCACUUGUCACUCGAAGAGAUUUAAUGGUGGCUUUAGCGCAUAGCAACAGAGUAGCAGAUGCAAUGAUUCUGUUUCGAGACCUCGACAAAGCAACACCCUAUCGAUUCAGCAAUGGCGUUUAUCAUACCUUGUUACGAGGGCUGAUUGAUGGUCAUGCAGCCAAGGAUGUUCGCUAUGUGUAUGACCGAUUACAACGACGAGGAAUUAUACCCAACCUGGACACGUUCCAUGUACUAAUGACAUUCUGCGGGCGUUCUGGUGAUACGGCAUUUGCACAACUGGUGGUUCAAGAUAUGGCCAAGCGAGGGUUUACAUUAUCGCACAAGAUGUACACGUCUCUCAUGGCAUGUUAUGUCCAAGCUGGGGAUUCACGCUCUGCACUUGCCGUGUUCAAGAUGUUUAUGGAACAAUCCGAAGAAAAGCCAGAUGCCCACGACUUUAACGUGCUUCUGCGAACCGUCAUGACCCCCAAGGUGUCGGCUGAAAUUGCCAAUCAAAAAAUAGUUUCAAUAUUGGAGAAUAUGAAGCGACUGAAUGUUAUGCCUGACGACUCUACCAUGAUAACAUUACUACAAAUAUAUGACAAGGUUGCACCCAAGCAAGCGGAUGCAUUGUGGUCUCGAAUUGUGAGCACAGGAAUGCUACCCAAUCUCAAACCAGUUCGAGUCAGCAAUGUCAUGUAUACCAGAAUGAUUCAAAAGGUGGGGGUCUUGGCUGCGGCAAAGCAUUUCUUUCAACAGCAACAAGAACCUGCGCGUGUGCCUCUCGAUGGUAUGACCUACAAGAUCUUUCUCGAUGCUGCCACUGUGAGUCCUGCCACCAUGGGUUUGGCGAACAAGUUCUACCGCGACAUGCGAUUACGAGGCAUUAAACCUCCUCUGUCCGUGUAUGAGAACAUGAUCAGCGGAUGGUCGCGCAAGUGGCAGAUUAGCAAGGCCAAACGAGUGAUGGUGGAUAUGGAACAAGAUUAUCAAAUUCGUUCUGGACUAUCAGCAUGGACGCGGUUAACAGAUGGAUUUCUGGCCAACAACCAAAUCGAAAGCUUGCACAAACUUGUCAUGCAGGAGAUGAUUGCUGAGCGUGGAAUCCUCCCUGAUGCAUUUUUAGAACAACGUAUGGUGAAAGCGCUCAAGGAUCAUAACCUACAUACGGAAAUGGAUGAAUUUUUGAAUACCUUGGCUGUCAUCCGGCAAAACAAGCAACGCAAAGCUUUAGCCAAGACGAGCCGAGACGCUGCAAGUCGAUCACCCCGUCGACUCGUUCGCAUUCCUCGUCGUCAACAUCGUCCCUCCCAUACACAGUCCACCACCACCACUGAGCACAGUGACGCUGAUCAGCAGUAUCAAACCAAUCAUUUUUGAUGUGCCGCGCCCCUAGGCUAUUUUGUAACAUAGACUUUGGGAUUGAAAGUGCAUGCUUUCAUCCUAUUAUCAAUAAAAACUGAGAAACAGCUUUAAUAGCACGUUUACAUAAAAUGAAAGUUACAGCUGAAUAACGUCGCUAUGGAAGCGGUCAGAGUAGGAC